UUAUUUCAUUACCUAUCAGUCAUUUGAUUACUCCCAUUUGGCUUCAGUAAUUUGUAUGUGAUAAAAAUUUUCCUCUACUUAAAUGCCCAUUGCCUCCUCCAUUCUCCUCAUCCUCCUCCCAGCAUCUCUCUCUCUUUCUUCCACCCAGAAAGCUAUGGCUUCUUGGACAUGGACUGUGAGUAUAGCAAUGGUACUGCUAAUGGUAGGUAGAGCUAUGGGAGCUGCCCCAAGGAGGCCAGUAGAUGUGGCCUUCGGCAGGAACUAUAUCCCUACGUGGGCAUUUGAUCAUAUUAAAUACUUCAAUGGGGGCUCUGAAAUUCAGCUCCACUUGGACAAAUACACUGGCACUGGUUUCCAAUCCAAAGGCUCAUACUUGUUCGGACACUUCAGUAUGCAAAUAAAGUUGGUUCCUGGGGAUUCAGCUGGCACCGUAACUGCUUUCUAUCUAUCAUCUCAAAACUCAGAGCACGAUGAGAUAGACUUCGAGUUCUUGGGGAACAGGACGGGGCAGCCCUACAUUUUGCAGACAAAUGUGUUUACAGGAGGGAAGGGAGACAGAGAACAGAGGAUUUACCUGUGGUUCGAUCCAACCAAAGAAUACCACUCCUACUCAGUCCUCUGGAAUUUGUAUCAGAUUGUGUUCUUCGUGGAUGAUGUGCCAAUCAGAGUAUUCAAAAACUGCAAAGACUUGGGAGUGAAAUUUCCAUUCAACCAGCCAAUGAAGAUAUACUCAAGCCUCUGGAACGCAGAUGAUUGGGCCACAAGAGGAGGACUUGAGAAGACAGACUGGUCAAAGGCUCCAUUUAUAGCAUCAUACAAGGGUUUCCACAUUGAUGGUUGCGAGGCAUCUGUGGAAGCGAAGUUCUGUGCCACUCAGGGGAAGAGAUGGUGGGACCAGAAGGAGUUCCAGGACCUGGAUGCCUUCCAGUACAGGAGGCUCAGAUGGGUCCGCACCAAGUAUACCAUCUACAACUAUUGCACCGAUACAAGUAGAUACCCUUCCCAACCCCCUGAAUGCUCCCGGGACAGGGACACCAUUUAGAGCCCUUUCUUUCCACUCGCUCAGCUUGCGGUUACCUCCGUUUUUAUUGCUUCAUAUUUGCAUUACUGCUACCUACUUAUUUUUUUUCAUUAAGAAUAAAUAAUUAUGUAUCCUCUGGAAUUUAAUACAUCUAUUUAUUUUAUAUUUUCUAUAAA